CCAAAUUUCCAACAUUAGUUAAAUCCAAAAUUAAAACGACACAGACGAUCUGAAUCUCGGAAUCGACCCUUUUCCGGCUUGGAGGCGGCGCAGUAUUUGGAACCAGCAGAAACCCAGAUAGAUGGCGAAUAGGAGUAGAAGCGGAGAUAACUACAGGAACCCCUGUUUGACGAUGCAUCAGCCAUGGGCGUCUCUUCUCGUUUACGGCAUCAAGCGCAUCGAAGGAAGAUCUUGGCCCUCUCCUAUCACAGGACGUCUCUGGAUUCAUGCUGCUGGUGCGGUGCCAACACCAGAGACAAUCAAGGCCAUGGAGGAUUUUUACAGAGAGAUCUAUGCGGUUGAUGGCAUUACAGAUCUCAAGUUUCCCCAACAUUACCCCACUUCCAGACUCUUAGGUUGUGUUGAUGUUGUUGGCUGUGUCACCGGUGAAGAGCUCGCCUGUUGGGAGGAAGUCCCCGAAGGGGUUAGGCUCGAAGCCCUAACAUCUUUCUGCUGGUUAUGCCAGACACCACAGAAACUACCUAUUCCAUUUGAGAUGCGGGGAGCUCAAGGUGUUUAUAACUUGGAAAGAAGGAUAUUUGAGGCAGCUGUUAGAGGUCUUCGCUUGGUUGAACCACCAAUGCAGAUCAAGUUCCUUCUUCCGGACCCACAAAAUCGAUUUUCCUUGAAGCCAGGAUCCAUAGCUUCCAGGUCUAACAACCUAUCCCAGAACGAGAAAGCACCAAACUUGAGUGCAGCCAUAGCCGGUGCUCGAGCUGCUUCCACACAGUUCUCCAAGAAUAGCAACUUUCAUUCAAAUUCUGCAAAGGAAUCAGAUAGAUGGGCGCCUGUUUCUUCUUCGACAAGAAGUUACAGGGAAGAUGCACCGGUUUCCUCCAGGAUAUGGAGAAUCAAGGAAGAAGCUAAUAAGACGGGUCAAAACCUCCAUUGACAGAUGAGAAGUAAAAAAUUAGCUCUGUAUUAUAUAUAUUAGUGUUUCUGUUUCUAGAAUUUUUUCAUUGUUGUUCUCUAACUAAGCAAAAGCAAAGCUUGAAUGCUAAGUUUACAUUCAUUUUGUUCAUAUAAAUAUGCUAAUUAUAAGGAUUGCUGUG